AGGUGGGGUUUAGACUCGUUUGGCACCGACAGCAGCCAAAGUAGAAUCCAAUCAACAUGAGUCGACUCAAAGCAUGGAUAUGGUCGGUACAAAUUAUUACCAUCUCAAUGAUGCUUCAGGAAGCCGUUGGGCAAACGACUUCAGCACCGGUUAAGCGAGCACAUCGUCUAAUUAUUAUGGAUUACGAAAAAAUAGGAGCAACGGCGGCAUCCCAACAGUCGGCUCCGUUGCGUGUGCAGACUACUACAAGACGGCCGGGUGCAACACAGGUCCGAAAUCCAGGAGUUCAAGCGAAAUCCGGUGGUACGGUCGCAUACAGUGCUGGAUUUGGGGCAGCAAGUGUGGUGCCUGAGUGUACGAACUGUACCUCUGUGGACGAUGCUUUCGCUACACUCGACUAUGACUACGCCAAUCUGACUUGGCUCGCGAAUGUGAGCUAUCCGGAAUAUACGGCGCUGGAACUGGGUACAGACAAGGUGACAAUGCAACCGAUAGUCGUCAGCAAUGUUACGAUGCUCCCUGUUGGCGUCCCAAUAUCUUUAGUAGUGACUACUCCCAACGUGCUUCAACCGGUUGUACCGGAAAGUCCUAGCAUUGUGGACACAGCGGUCAUUAGACCGUUGCCCGUUCCUACCGACGUUAGCGUAAGUACGGAAAGCACAGCAGUUUCCUCUACCACUGUGGCCAGUGUACCAUCCCCUACAAAGCGACGCGUGAAAAAGACACGAUCUACGACCAAAGCUACCACCACCACCACCACCACUACUACCACGACAACGACCACCCAACCUCCGAGACGUAUGAAAACGAAAAAGUCCAAACGUGGUCGAAAUAUCAAGCAAACGAGCACGGAGCGUACGAGGGGUAAACCAUCGCGCCAAUCCCCCAAAAAAGGCGCACGCAAGUCCCGGACUACCACCACCACUAAGGCAUCGGCCAAGGAGCGCCAAGGCAAUAUGAAAGGGAAGAAUAAAAUUGCCUUAAUCCGUUAUGCUGCGUGCGCAAAUGAUGUGGUUUUCAGAAGAAGAGCAAACAAAAAGGGAGUGUAGUUUCAACGGAAAAGGUACGCCUUCAUUUUAAACAAGCUUCCUGCGUAGCUAAUGAGAACAGAAUAGUCGCUGGAGUUCGCACUGAGCUAGCUGGUGCACGUGUGUUGUGGCGGUGUGAUAUUAUCGUAGUUCUUAUUAUGCUGCCCGGUGGAGCCGUUUUUUUCUUUGAAGCUUUUAAAGGCAAUUGUUUUACGUUGAAGGUGCACUGAAAUGGCCCACUUGAAAUAGCAACGGCAAAGGUACGGUAAUAGCUAGAAAAGAUCUCUCGCCAAACCAUGCUUUGCGCCUGUAAGAUAUGCAAUAUGAUGUUUAACCAUUUCUUUCUUUACUUUUCCACAAUAAAAUACUUGUAAUAACACGG